UUAUAUUUUUUGUUCCUUAGAAAUCAACUAAAAAAGUAGUUCUUAUUUUAAAAGCAGUAUGGGUAAUACUUCCGCAACCCCAGAAAUUACUUCAGCUGUUGGUUCUACUGCAUUAUCACCUCCAUCAGGAUGUCCAAUGCAUGAGACGAAUGUUCAGUCUUCUGCAUGUCCUAUGAAUAAUUCUAAUAGUGAAGCAGACAAAAUUAAUCCUUUGAAUAUGAUGCCUCCAGCUAAUCAACAGCCAUCUCCUGGUCAACCAUUCCAGUUGAGCACACAUAGAGAAGUAUCUUCAAUACCAAAAGGUGGUGUUGAAAACCCAGAAAAAUGGGUUUAUCCAUCUCAACAAAUGUUCUGGAAUGCUAUGCUUAGAAAAGGAUGGCGAUGGGAAAAAGAUGAUUUAUCCCCAGAAGAUAUGGCAAAUAUCAUUCGUAUGCAUAAUGCUAAUAAUGAAAGAGCAUGGCAAGAAGUUUUAAAAUGGGAAUCAUUUAAUGGAGAAUGUAAUGAACCAAAGCUUUUAAAAUUUGGAGGAAAAGCUAAAGAAUACUCUCCUAGGGCACGAAUUAGAGCUUUACUUGGAUAUGAUCUUCCAUUUGAUCGUCAUGAUUGGAUAGUAGAUCGUAAUGGAAAACAAGUUCGAUACAUUAUUGAUUAUUAUGAUAUAGGAGAUGAAAAUGGGUACAAAACUGGUGACUUUGUGGAACUAGAUGUUCGUCCUGCAUUCGACUCUUUUAGUGCUGUUGUUGAUCGUUCUAGGGCUGCAAGUCUAAGGUGGGCAGCAGAGGCUAUGGCCUGGUGGAAUCAAAGACACAAAUCUCCUGAAGUAAAAUAAAUUUUCUAACCUCUUAAUUUAAAACGUUAGUAAAAAUGGUGGUCCUUACAUUUGUAUCAAUAUUCUGAAAUGUACAUUACAUUAAAAAAUUCUGUUACAUUUUUUUUGCUUAACUCAGAAUUUUUUUAAAAUGUUGUCAGUAAUAUUGUGCAUAGUUAUUAUUUCAUGUUCAUGUUGAUAUGAAUUUAUACUAUUGAGAUAAAUUAUUUUUUACGAGAACUAUAAAAUACAAACAUCUAAUUAUA